AUGUUUGAUUCAUUAUCUUCAAAUUCCAAAAUUGGAGCAUUCAAUGGUAGCAAUACCUGGGCAGAAUCAUUCAGUACGCCUACUUCGACUCAAAAAUCAAAAUUUUUCCAGGAUAUUCAAUUUAGUCAAAGAUCUACUAUCACUAAUAAUAAUAAUAAUAAUAAUGAGCCAAAGAAAUUUAAACAAUCCCCGACACAGAUAGCAAACCAAGCAGUCAAUGAGUUGUUGCCUGAUGCCCAUGUUUUGCCAUAUACAUGGACGAUUUUUUUCCAUUCUCGAAAGACCCGUCAACCGGUCAAAUCAGAAGAAAGCACUAUCACUGAUGCAACAACCCCUCCAGUGGAAGCUACUAAUCAACCUCAAGUUGCAACAUCAGUAGACUCUUUUUUACAAACAACCAAGGAAAUUGAAUUCCCUGAGGUGUGUACCAAAGAUACUUUUAACGGGCUUAGCAAGACCACCAUAACCAUUGCGUCGGUUGAACAAUUAUGGGAAGCAUUGUCAUUACUCAAAAGAACCAAUGACUUACCGGUGGGGUCAGAAUUGUUUAUCUUCAAAUCGGGAGUUGAACCAGUUUGGGAAGACAAGGUUAAUGCCAAAGGUGGUAGAUGGAUGUUCAAGUUUUCUAGAAGAAGUCAACCACAACAAUACGGUAAUGAUUCAUCUAAUGAACAACAGCAGCAACAGAACCAACAACAGCAACAACCAGGAAAAAUCGGCGGAGAAGACAUUGUUCAAAUCAGGAAAAGAAAUGCGUUGAUUUGGGAAAGAUUGGUGUUAAGAGUUCUUGGGGGUUCGUUGUUUGCUGAAGAAAACAUCAAUGGAGAAUUAUUAUUGAACGACAUUUCCGGUUUGGUGUUGAGUAUUAGACGCGAUGAGGACAUCAUUAGUAUUUGGAAUACCAACUUGUGUUUUGACAAGAGAUUCCAAGAAAAUUAUUUCAAGUCGAUUUUCAACAGCAACCCAGAACUUAAAAACCCAAUUAAAGACACUUUCAAGAGCAUUGAGAAUAGUGAUGACGACGAAGAGCAUGUCAAACUGUCUAACAGGUUGUUGUUCAAUGAUCGAAGAAUGGUGUGCUCUGCAGUGUUGAAAACCAUUAGAGAGGUGGAUGCUGUUAUCAAAGGUGGUGAUGUUUUGGUUUCUCAAGAUAUCAAUUCUACCGAACGGGUUUAUGGAGUCAAUUUUGAAUAUAGGUUGCAUGCUGACAAUUCCAGGGAUAAUGAAAAUGAUGGCAAACAUGAUUCCCAUCACAACCAUCAUCACCAUCAUCACCAUUACAAUAACAACAGCCGCAAUAACAGAAACCACAAUAACAGCAGUAACAACAACAAUAACAACAAUAAUAGCAACAACAACAAUAACAACAACAAUACCAGCAAUAAUAAUAGUAAUUCUAGAAGAUAUAAUAGUACCAGAUACAACAAGAAUCAUUCUGGCAAUAACGCUAAAGAAAACAAUAAUAAUGAGGUUGAAUUGGGAGUGGAUAAGAUUUUUGAAUCUGGGAGUUUUUCAAACUUAGGAAGAAGUAGAAGAAGAAGACCUGAGAAUGGUGGAGAAGAACACAAGAAUUUGAUGUCAUUUGGUAAUAGAAGAAGAAUGCAAAAUUUGCAGAAGAGUUCCAACCAUCAAACAAAUGAUUUCGAAAAUGGUGAGAGAGAAUGA